AUGGAUCUUGAGUCUGAAUCCGAGUCCGAUGGCGGCAUGCAACUCGAUGAAGUCUCGAUGGACUCCAGCUCAGAGGGAGAAGCAGACCCCGGCCAAAACACCAGACUGGAUAUCGACAACUCCCACCCCGAAGGCUGGGAUAUCGUUGGGCACAUAGAAACCCCCGGCGACACAGAGAGAUUCUCCCACCGAGCCCCAGACCCAACAACAACAACCUACAACCAAAGCGGCCGCUCAAACGUCAUGCAGAUCCCAACAUCCUAUGAAAAAGACACCCGCAUGCGCUCUCACCUCCGCGAAGAAAAACACGCCGCUCUCUGCGUCCUCCAAGACAAAGAAAUGCUCAUUACAUACGCGCUAGCCGCGAACGAGACAAUCCCGCAAACGCGCCGUCGCUUCAUGGCCAAGUACCUCGCUCCAAAUGACCCGGAACGAGCAGAGGAGCUGUAUGCACCGCGCUUUUGGAUCCCGGCUGAAGGAGAGGGCGGCGAGGCUUCGCUGGUUCAGGGAAGGUAUCGUGAGGUUAUUGGUGGGAGUGGUGAUCAUGGCUGGUGUAAGCCUGGGUAUUUGAAGCGUAUGGAGGGUGAGUUGAAGGGUGGGUCGAGGUCUGUUUCGGCUGGGUCGGUAUCUGGGGCGAAUUCACCGAGACGGGCUUCGGGGGUUAGACUUGCUUCUGGAUCUGGGAGGUCUUCUGGGCGGUCUUCUUUGGCGCGUGAUGAGGAUGAUGAUCUUUGA